GUAGUGGAUUUCACCUGUAAUUCAGCUUUCUACUCUUGCAGUUUUAAGAGCCUUCUGCAACUCUGAUAAUUCUGAAUUAUUAGCAGCUGGUGUAAAUGACUGCUGCUGCCUCCCAGAGCAAGAUAACCUGCUCAGUCAGCUGGAGCCCCCUGCGGACAGCUGUCUCGCUUUUAGCUGAUGGAAAAGUGCUAUAACCACUGAAUGGAAGAGCGUGGAGCAGCAACCAUACGAGCAGGAGUAGCCGCCGCCGCCGCCGCAGCAACAAGAGCGAGUGAGGACUCUAUUGUUCCCUGGUGUUAAACAGUUUUUCCUUUUCAACUGCCAUGCACAAUAGCGGAAGAGAGGUUUCCAGUCCCUUCCUCCCCGUGAAGAAAUUCUGAAGAGGGGAGUAUUAUUUGAAGAAGGUUUCGUGGUCGUGCUGCGGGUUUUGGAGGCAGCAGCAGGCUGCUGGAGGCAUGGGGUUGAGUGAGGGGAGCGCUCCUUUCUGCCGUGGUCCAGGGGUUUCUGCCGUGCCAGCCCGGUGCGUGGGAGUUCUCAUGCUUCUGCUGCUGGGAAUCUGGGACACUCGUGCACAAAGUGAAUUUCAAACUUCAUCAGUGUAUUUGUGGAAGACCGGUCCAUGGGGGAGAUGCAUGGGAGAUGACUGCGGUCCAGGAGGCAUCCAGACGCGAGCGGUGUGGUGUGCCCAUGUGGAGGGCUGGACCACCCUGCCCACGAACUGCAAGCAGCCAGAGCGGCCGGACAACCAGCAGAGCUGUUUUCGGGUCUGUGACUGGCACAAGGAACUGUAUGACUGGCAGAUCGGCAACUGGAACCAGUGCCGGCCUGUCCUCUCCCGCAGCCACGAGAAGCCCCUGGAAUGCCUCAGAGGGGAGGAAGGGAUCCAGACAAGGGACAUCACCUGUAUACAGAAGUCCAAUGGGGUUCCAGCUGAGGAUGUCAUCUGUGAGUACUUUGAGCCGAAGCCGCGGCAGGAGCAGGCAUGCCUCAUCCCAUGCCGGCAGGACUGCAUCGUGGCCGAAUUCUCCCCCUGGUCGGAAUGCUCAAAGACCUGUGGCAAUGGACUUCAGCAUCGAACUCGGCACGUUGUGGCUCCACCGCAGUUCGGUGGGUCUGCUUGUCCCAACCUCACCGAAUUUCAGAUCUGUCAGUCUAGCCCAUGCGCUGUUGAAGAAAGCCUGUAUAGUCUAAAUGUGGGACCCUGGAGCUCAUGCUCAGUGCCCCAUUCAAGACAAAUAAGGCAAGCAAGGAAACGAGGGAAGAACAAAGACAAGGAAAAGGACAGAGAAAAGGCAGUUCGAGACCCUGAGGCUCGUGAGUUAAUUAAGAAGAAGAGGAAUCGUAACAGGCAGAAUAGACAGGAGAACAAAUAUUGGGACAUACAAAUUGGGUACCAAACAAGGCAGGUCACAUGUACUCACAGAAAUGGGAAAACUGCUGCUCUGAGCUUCUGCAAACAGGACAAGCUGCCCAUUACGUUUCAGUCCUGUGUGAUCACGAAGGAGUGCCAGGUGUCAGAGUGGUCAGAAUGGACCCCCUGCUCCAAAACCUGCUUUGACAUGACAACCCCCAAAGGGAAUCGUACAAGAUCACGGACCAUUAAACAACUCCCUGUUGGCAGUGAAAGUGAAUGCCCACAAUUAGAAGAAGCAGAGCAGUGUAUUUCCCAAGGAGAUGGCGUAGCACCGUGCAUUACGUAUGGUUGGCGGACCACAGAGUGGACAGAAUGCCGUGUCGAUCCUCUCCUUAGCCAACAGGACAAGAGGCGAGGAAAUCAGACGGCGCUGUGCGGAGGUGGCAUUCAAACCAGGGAAAUGUACUGCGUGCAAGCCAAUGAAAAUCUUCUCUCCUACCUAAAUACCCUCAAGGAUAAAGAAGCUUCAAGGCCGGUGGACCGUAAACUGUGUACAGGACCUCUUCCCAGCACCUCCCAGCUGUGCCAUAUUCCCUGUCCUAUAGAAUGUGAGACCUCAGCAUGGUCAGCCUGGGGACCAUGCACCUAUGAAAGCUGUGAUGACCCUCAGGCCAAGAAGGGCUUUAAACUGAGGAAACGUCGCAUCACCAAUGAGCCUACAGGAGGAACAGGAAACUGCCCUCACCUGCUGGAAGCCAUCCCGUGUGAAGAGCCCUCAUGCUAUGACUGGAGAAUCAUAGGGCUGGAAGAAUGCAUUCCAGACAAUGAAAAGCCAUGUGGCCCUGGUACACAGGUUCCUGUUGUCGUCUGUGUCAACAGUGAUGGAGAAGAGGUUGAUAGACAGCUGUGUAGAGAUGCCAUCUACCCAAUCCCAGUUGCCUGUGAAGCUCCAUGCCCAAAGGACUGUGUGCUCAGCAUGUGGUCUGCAUGGUCCUCCUGCUCACACACCUGCUCCGGCAAAACCACAGAAGGGAAGCAGAUGCGCGCCCGCUCCAUUCUGGCGUACGCAGGUGAAGGAGGAAUACAGUGCCCAAAUAUCAGUGCCCUACAGGAAAUGCGCAGCUGUAACGAGCACUCCUGCACUGUGUAUCACUGGCAAACCGGCCCGUGGGGACAGUGCAUAGAGGACACGUCUGUCUCUGCUUUCAACUCCUCUGCCAGCUGGAACGGGGAGGCCACCUGUUCCGUGGGGAUGCAGACAAGAAAGGUCAUCUGCGUGAGAGUCAACGUGGGACAAGUGGGCCCAAAAAAAUGCCCUGAAAGCCUUCGACCUGAAACUGUGAGACCUUGUCUGCUUCCCUGUAGAAAGGACUGUAUUGUGACUCCAUUCAGUGACUGGACAGCGUGUCCUUCUUCAUGUCAAGAAGGGGAUGUCACAGUAAGGAAGCAAUCCCGUCACCGAGUCAUCAUCCAGCUCCCUGCCAACGGUGGUCGAGAAUGCCCAGACUCUUUGUUUGAGGAAAGGGAAUGUGAAGCUUCUCCUGUCUGCCAUAGCUACAGGUGGAAAACCCACAAAUGGCGCAGGUGCCAGCUCGUACCAUGGUAUGUGCGCCAAGACAGUCCAGGAGCACAUGAGACUUGUGGACCUGGGCUACAAGCAAGAGCAAUUACUUGUCGCAGACAAGAUGGUGGACAAGCUGACAUCAGUGAGUGCCUUAAAUACGCUGGCCCAUUACCAUCCUUAACACAGAUGUGCCAGAUUCCCUGCCAAGAUGAUUGUCAGUUUACGAACUGGUCAAAAUUUUCUCCCUGUAAUGGGGACUGUGGAGGAGUCAGGACAAGAAAACGCACUCUUGUUGGAAAAAGUAAGAAAAAGGAUAAAUGCAGAAAUUCUCAGUUGUAUCCUCUGAUCGAGAAUCAGUUUUGUCCGUGUGACAAGUACAGUGCUCAGCCUGUGGGAAAUUGGUCAGACUGUAUUUUACCAGAGGGCAAGGUGGAAGUAUUGCUAGGAAUGAAGGUACAAGGAGACAUUAAGGAAUGUGGACAAGGCUACCGAUACCAGGCUAUGGCAUGCUAUGACCAAAACAAUCGACUUGUGGAAACGUCACGAUGCAACAGUCAUGGGUACAUUGAGGAAGCCUGUAUUAUUCCAUGUCCCUCAGACUGCAAGCUCAGUGAGUGGUCCAACUGGUCUCGCUGCAGUAAAUCCUGUGGGAGCGGGGUAAAGGUUCGGUCUAAAUGGCUCCGGGAAAAACCCUACAAUGGUGGAAGACCCUGUCCAAAGCUAGAUCAUGUCAAUCAGGCUCAGGUGUAUGAGGUUGUCCCCUGCCACAGUGACUGCAGCCAGUACAUAUGGGUUACUGAGCCUUGGAGCGUCUGCAAAGUGACCAAUGUGGACUUAAAAGAGAAUUGUGGAGAAGGUGUUCAAACAAGGAAAGUCAGGUGCAUGUUAAACACUGUGGAUGGUCCUUCUGACACUGUAGAGGACUAUCUGUGUGAUCCUGAGGAGAUGCCACUUGGUGCUCGAAAAUGCACAUUGCCAUGUCCUGAGGACUGUGUUAUAUCUGAAUGGGGAUCAUGGUCUCAAUGUUCUUUGCCAUGCAAUGGAAGUAGUGUUCGUGAAAGGUCAGCUGAAUCCCUGAGACAACCAGAUGAUGGAAAGCCUUGUCCUGCUGCCACUGAGACAGAAGCCUGCACUUUGAACAAGAACUGCUACCACUAUGACUACAAUGUGACAGACUGGAGCACAUGUCAGCUCAGUGAGAAGGCUGUCUGUGGUAAUGGCAUCAAAACACGGAUGCUUGACUGUGUUCGCAGCGAUGGCAAAUCGGUUGACCUGAAGUACUGUGAAGAGCUUGGUCUGGAAAAGACGUGGCAAAUGAAUAUGUCCUGUGUGGUGGAAUGUCCUGUGAACUGUCAGCUCUCUGACUGGUCCCCUUGGUCUGAGUGCUCUCAAAUAUGUGGCCUUACAGGAAAAAUGAUCAGAAGAAGGACCAUAAAUCAGCCAUUUCAGGGUGAUGGGAGGCCUUGUCCUUCUCAGAUGGAGCAAUUCAAACCCUGUCCAGUAAAACCUUGUUAUCGAUGGCAAUAUGGUCAAUGGUCUCCAUGCAAAGUAGAGGAUGCUCAGUGUGGAGAGGGAACACGAGUGAGGAACAUUUCCUGUGUGGUUUAUGAUGGAUCCAUUGAAGAUGAUGGCAAAGUAGUAGAUGAGGAAUUCUGUGGAGAAAUAGAACCUAUUAUAGAUGGGGAUAAGAAGAUGAUACUUGAGGAAACCUGCACUGUCCCUUGUCCAGGGGACUGUUACUUGAGAGAAUGGUCAGAAUGGAGCCUUUGCCAGCUUACCUGUGUUAAUGGUGAAGAUCUUGGCUUUGGAGGAAUACAAGUCCGAUCUCGAGCAGUGAUCAUUCAGGACUUAGAGAAUCAACAUCUCUGUCCAGAACAGGCUUUGGAAACAAGACCAUGCAAUGAUGGCCAGUGCUAUGAAUACAAGUGGAUGGCUAGCCCAUGGAAGGGAUCCUCUCGGACCGUGUGGUGCCAAAGAUCAGAUGGUUUAAACGUCACAGGGGGCUGUUUAGUGAUGCGCCAACCAGAUGCUGACAGGUCAUGUAACCCACCGUGCAGCCAUCCCCACGCUUACUGCAGUGAGACUAGAACAUGCAGUUGUGAAGAUGGAUACACUGAAGUUAUGUCCUCCGAUGGCACACUCGAACAGUGCACUCUCAUCCCAGUGGUGGUGAUCCCCACCAUGGAGGACAAAAAGGGAGAUGUGAAAACCAGUCGAGCUGUGAACCCCACCCAGCCCUCCAGUAACCAGUCAGGACGAGGAAGGACCUGGUUUCUACAGCCUUUUGGGCCAGAUGGGAGGCUGAAGACCUGGGUUUAUGGUGUAGCUGCUGGUGCAUUUGUUUUACUCAUCUUUAUUGUUUCUAUGAUCUAUCUAGCCUGCAAAAAGCCAAAGAAGCCCCAGAGAAGGCAGAACAACCGUCUGAAACCUUUAACCUUGGCUUAUGAUGGAGAUGCAGAUAUGUAAAAUAUAACUUCUGAUGGUGACAAAUGGAGUCCAAAUUUUUGGAUUGAAAUAAGAAGGUGUCCAAAGCCACAGGGAUUUUCUAUGGAGUGGAUUAAGUGUUUUGACUCUUUCUUUUUUUGUAAUUGCACCAUAGAUAAAGAAGGAUGGAUUUCAUAAUGCCUAUGGAUAGUCAAGGUAUUAUUGCUUUACUUUAGACCAUCAGCACUGAGAAGUCUGGCAGAAUCACCUUAAUAGACACUGCAGUUGGAGAUCUCUGGUGUUUCCUCAAUCUUAGAAACUAUAAGCACCACUUCUGUCUCCAGAAUACUGUAGCUGACAUAGUAUUAACAGUUGGAAGCCCCUGCAUCAUUAACCAAGUAUAACCAGUACGCAUGAAGAGUUUGUACCAAGCUGUCUAUGACUCUUUAUAUUCAAGCCUAACAUAUAUAUUCAGUUGAACCAUAUGUAUUACUCUAUCUGAUUAUAUACUUGUUAAAGAGCAUUUUAGUGCUUAGUACAAUAUUAACUUUUAACUGGGAUCAACCCACUGAGCAAGCUCAAGAGUUUGCCAGUCGAUGAUAACUUGUGUUAACCUGCAUUUCAGAGGGCAAUGACUCACUUGCGAAAUUCUGUCCUGUUACCACUCCAAAGUAUAAAGGCCUCAUGUGUACAUCCAGAAAGGAGGCAUUCUCAGAUUCACUAUUUUCUAGUGGUUGCUGUCUGGAAAAAGAAUACCUGUUGUAAAUGUUACAAUACGUUUCUACUUUCUCUAACUCGAACUGUUGCCUGCAUCUUUUUUGCUACAUGUAAGGCAAAUUUUUGCACUAUAUUAGUGCAGCAUGAUAUGCACUUAACUAGUAUUGCCAUAGAAACUGCCUCUUUUCAGAAAGGAUAAUGAUGUAUCUUGUGCAAGGAAUGUCAAGUAGACAGGUCUUGAAUCCUGAAGAGAGUAGCGUUCAGUUUGGACUGUGACUGGAUGGGAUUGGCUAACAAUGUGUACUGUACACACUGUUCCUCAUCACAGCAGCCAUUUGUAGUCUACAUCAUGGCAGUAAUACAAGUGUCUAGUUUCUUGCCCCAUCUACCUAUACUGAUGUAGAUUGUCCUGCUGGUUUCUAAUUGUACUUUGAAGGCUGUUUAUGACUAGAUUUUUUAUAUUUGUUAACUUUGCUAGAAAAAAGAAGAAAAGAAAAAGAAAAGUGGUUGCCCUGUAAUCCUGAGUGACAUACUUCUUGUCUAAAAAACUGUUCUGAUUGUUCAAGUGAAAUAAAAAGGUUUUGCUUUUCUUUCCUUUUACUAGUGAGAGCUUUCUCACUGUUGCUGACAGUGAAAUACUCAGAGCCCUUUCAUCUUUUCUAAUUAGGAUAAUUGGAUAGACUCUUUUAAUUAGUCAGUUAAAUUCUUGAGUGUACUGGCAAGUAAACAAUAAGAUCAAUAGUUCUGCCAUUUUAAUACUUAUGAAUUUUAAAAAAAAAUCUGGCAGUAUGAAAACUCACUGUUAACUUCUUCCAUGCUUAUGGCUUUUCAGUGUUACGCUUCCAGCCUGAAGGUCAUUGACUUGCCACUGUAUCUACAUGCCUGUUAGGGAUGUGAUCCAUGACCUGAGAAGGGUUAUUCUCCUCAAAAGGCUUCUGUGUGUAGCCUGAACAUACAAGUGACUGUGCCACUAGUAAGCAAUAGAAAAUUCUAUCAGGCAACCUCUCAAAAAUAAUUGUUAUAUAAAGUUCAAUAUUAGGUUCUCAGGUCUUUUUUAUAACCUAAACCACUUCUGCCUACUCAUCAUGCUAUUUACUCAAGAAGCACCGGGUUUUGCACACUGAAUAAAACUGUUGCUUUGCAAACUUUGGCCCAGAUCAACCCAAAUCAAUGGCAAGAUUGUCAUGGACAUCAAAAGGUAACAUCAGUCCUUAAAAAUACACACUUUUUUUCCAUGUAGAAUAAUUUCUGGAACCAACGAGCAUUUUAUGGGUGUUCAAGAGAGAUUAUGGUCCUACUCUGACUUAGCUAACAUAUUACCAGUAUGGCAUUACUGAAUCAAGAAAAUUACCUUCCUCCCACUAUGUAAGUAUUCCCCAAAUGGGAAGGAUGAGCAGAGGAACAAUAGUAACAAUCUUUGUUACAGGUUUAAUUUCUCAUUUUAUACCUUGAUCCAGCCACAGCAGAUGAAGUUCCAUGGCCCCCUGCCACAGCAGUGGUUCAUUCAUAGAUGUGUUUCAGGACUGGGGCCUCACUCUUACAUCACUUUAUAAAGAUCCAUAGGAAAAAUAAAAAUCUUGAUGAUUUUAAUUAGCUCAGCGUUCUUGAGUAGAAAACAAGAAAAACAUGGUUGAUUCCUCUGUUGUCAGACAUACAAAAAAUAACAUGCAAAAGUUAUGAAGUUUUAAAGAAUGAUAACUACAUGUGGAGAAAUCAAGUUUAAUAAUGUUUUCUGUGCUUUUAAAAGUCUGAUUCUGUGUCAUCAAAUAGUUUUGGACCAAUAGGGCAUUGAGGGAACAGGGUUUCUUUCAUUGACAAUGAGUCAUCUUUGUUUAUAAUACAGGCUGGUCUUGGCAGGAGCUGUUGCCUAGUUCUUGCCUUGAAGACUUUUAUGUCCUAAAUCUAAGCAUUUAAUAACUUGAAUUUAAAGGUAUGACAUCUCCUUUUUCUUACCAUAUGAAAUGGACAAACAAAGAAAGAGAUAGGAGGGUUUGUUAAGUAUGUUUGGCCUUUGCAAUCCAUGCAAGUAUUUUAGUAUGUGUUACAUUUUAUAUCUGAUCAGUGAAUAUCUGGUGCACAUCUGCAUCAUACUAGUGCUGCAUUUAAAAUCUAGAGUGCAUUUUUAUUAUUAUUUUUUCUAUGAACAAAGUGCAUGGAGAUUUGAAGCCGGAAUGGCUUCCCUCAUUAUCAAGAAGAGAAUAUUAGGCUGUAAGGAGGGCAGAGAUUUUAUGUAAAGCUAAAAGUUACUAAGGUGAAUAAGCCCUCUAGCAUUGAAACAGAAAUAAAUAAUAGGUGAAUUAUCAGUAUAGAAUGAAAAGCAAUUUGCUUUAAAAAUCAGAGUGCUUCUACAAAUCCAGUGCCUAAAGCAGCCACUACUGUAGAUUAUUAGUUUGUGAAAGUAAUGUUUCCAGUGAUCAAAUAAACCAUUCAGAAAAUAGCAAAGUAGACAUUUUCCUGUUGAUGUGGUGGUUUGUAUUUUCCUUUUUAAAACUGUAGUUUCUAGAUUACUGUGUCUGCUUUGAGUCCUGGAACAGUUCCUUUUUGAAGCUUUGAUGCAACUGCACAAGCUUAUUUAUAUUUGGUAUAAAGCAUCAAUUUUGAAACCCCCUUCCUCCUGCCAAAAUGUAAUACAGGGUUUUUUUCCAAUUUUGCAAUCUGAAGAGACCAACUUAAAAACUCUAUGUGUAAAUCACUGUAAAAUAUACCUUGAAUUAAAUGGAAAUCUGUCUUUUUACCUUUAUGUAAAUUGUGCUCACCCAAAGUUGAGAGUUUAUUUUGCCUAACUUAAUUUACUUGAAUAUUUAUUUUGUAGAACAAGGAGGCAGCUGUCUGAGGAAUGUUUACCUUUUUUUUUUUUUGUUAAUGUUAAUUUGUAAAUUGUGUAAUGCAUUUUUAUUUUUUAAAUUAUGUACAUUUCUUUUUUAAUGCACAAAAUGUUUACGUACAACUACUACUGCAAAUUUGUGUAUAUUGUCACUAAGCUUUAUUCAGUUAAUACAGAUGAUGUGAAAAUGUAACAAGUCUUACAUUUUCAUCUGGGUUAUUUUUACAUAACUGAUGUAUUGCUGACAAUAAAUAUAAACACAAAAUCAUUUAAUGUCUUUUUUAAUAGAUGUAGUAUACUAUACUGGGGUAGAGUAACAAUAAAAGCCAGAUCCCUAAAGUAUGACCACAUUUUAAAUAGUCUCUUUUUGUUUUUGUUUGGUUUGGGGCUUUUUAAAGGACUUAGUAAACAUAUUCUUGUUAAAAAUUAGUCUUUAAAAACAAAAAUAAUUGCUGAUGCUAUGGUAACUAUCAAGUCUGUUGCUAGAGUCCUACAGACUUAAAAAUUUACAAAAGAUAUUUAGUUGAUUGAUAAAUACCCAAUAAAUGCAAUAAAUAAUUGAUAUUUUAAAUUUUUUUCCUUAAUUGGCAUUUUUAUAUCAGAAAAACCAACCCUUUUGUGGAGAAUAAGGUGUGGAUCAAGAUCGCACUAAAAGACAUCACUUCAGUGAAGCUGCAUCUGUCACUCUCCCUGCACAAGAAGAAAAAGAGUCACUUUGCUUUUUGUUCUGUAACUGCUCAUAUUCUACCUCUGUGGUCUCCAAAACUCAAUUUUUUUGAUGUCCAGUUCUGCUGUGUAUUUACACACCAGAUCACAGGGAACUUGUCCUAUUUCAGUAGUUAUUACCUCCCCAGUAACUCUUCCAGGCUAACACGGUUUUGAGGCACACAACUGAUUUUAGAGGCAUUUCAGGAUUUCCAUAAGUACCUCCAACCCACAUUUUCUCCUGCUGGAAUUCACAGUAGAAUCAAAGAAGUAUAUUUCUUGAGUCCCACCUGCACCUUAAUAGAGGAAUUUCUUAGAUUGCUUAAAGUUCUUUAAUUCAAUAGAGGUAGAAUUUUAUGACCAGUUAAAAAACAUAUUUGAGAGAAGAAAAUUAAAAUUCUCAUUUAAGCUCUGCAGAAUAGAAUUAGCUAUGGUAUACUAUUGAAGAUUAUAUGGUCUUCACAUUCAGUAAAGUAACAUAGUAGGAUUUUGACAAUUGUUUCUGAGACUUCGAGAGAAAUGGCUUACAGAUUGGGAAAGGUAGUCUUUAUUUUAAAAAAAAUUAAAUUACAGGAGAAUACGAUUUUCCAGUACAAGUAUAAUAAAAGGACAUAAAUUGGGAGGUAAAUGAAGAGGCUUAGGUAAGCCUUGUAAAUAUUUAGCCUUUAAUAAUGUGAAGACUGACAAUAUUAGGUCUAAAAACUUACGCUGCUGAAACAGCAGUGAGCUUAAGCAGCCAUUCAGGGUUUGCUUGGCAUCACUAUGCGCAGUUUGACUACAGAACCGGUACUCUCUGAAUCUCCUUGUAGUUUUAUUAGACACAGUAAAGCUUACUGUCUUUCCAAAAGCAGCUAAUGACCAGGCAGAUUAGCACUUAGGAGGGGGAUGGGGAUCAUGAAUAUGUGUGUGUGGAUGUGUGUGUGUGUAUCUUAGUCUUUGCUUGCCUGUUCAUUUAUUUUUCAGCAGAGGGUGCAGGUGUCUAAUUUUGCUUACCUUCACUGAGGCACUGUCCCUGGCAGUGGAGGGCUUGGUCCUGUGCAGAUGUACUGGUGAAGCGUCUCUACAUCCUUUUCAAAUGGGCAUUUUUUCUAAGUCCUGCUUAAACGGAAAAAUUGGACAGUUUACUGUGAGGCAUCCCUUCAGUGACACUGGGUAGAUGCCAUUGCUCUUUCUGUUUGCCAGUGGCAUCUUUGCUCUGGGACAGGACUGAGCCUCAUGAGAACAUGUCAGCGUCAGGGUGGCAGGUUCAUAAAAUCACAGAAUAUGCUGAGUUGGAAGGGACCCACAAGGAUCAUUGAGUCCAAUUUAACCCUGCACAGAACAACCCCAAGAGUCACACCAUGUGCCUAAGAACAUUGUCCAAAUGCUUCUUGAACUCUGUCAGGUUGUUAACGCCAACCUGUGUGUCCGCACAGGUGGUGGUGCUGGAAGCUGAUCCUUCCAGCCUGAUGCAUAAGUCACUUCUGACCUGCCUUGACAAGUUGAUGCUGUUUGAUGCAUUAUCCUGCUUGUCCUAGUUUGGUCACGUAACAACCCUGCUGAAAAGGUGGAGGGUGGACAACACACUGACCAUGGCUCAGCUUCAGGCCCUGCAACGAGGAAGGCAGCUGCACACAGGGCUGCACUGGCAAGAGCUUGAAGGAGGUCAUUAUUCCCCCCAGGUCUCAUAAGGCUCUACUGGGAGGCCCAUGACUGGUUUGGACCCCCUUUGGUAAGGGAAAAAGUCCUCUGAUUUGUCACUAAGGUGAAGGUACAACUUAGCCACAGGAUCAUAAUCCGUGAUCAUACCUGUUGUUGUUUUCCAUAUUCAAAGAAAUCGCAUUUCAAAGAGUUCAAGGUUGAACCUAUUAAAUUAUCACUAUGCAUUUAUGUAUUAACAAAUGCUGUCUUUUUAUAGAAAAUAAGAUUUGGUACUUGUCCAUUUAUAGGUGAGGAUUUAGUGGCUUCCAUAUAUGUUUUAAUAUUCUGUGGGUUGUAUUCAGAACCUACUCCUUAUGUUUGUUGGAAUUAUAUUCUGAAAUUGAAAUUAAAAAAAUAAUGAGUUUUUGUUUCUUUUAAAAAAUACCUUUCAGUGUCAUUAUAGUUCUUUAAAAUGGCAGAAAAUUGUUUCUCAGUUAGUUUUGUUUAGCUUACAAAUUUCAUCACAAUUUCAGUAUUGCAUUUGAAAGCAAGUCUAAUUUUUUCUUUUCCUUAAUAAUUAUAAAAACGAACCCGCUUUCUUACCUAUACAUAUAAACUGGGACUUAAUUCUCAGCUUUUUAAUUCUACCUGCUGCGGCUCAUUGAGAUACAUAUAUGGAAAUAUGACUUAAGCCCAUGACCAGAAUUUAGUUAACAGUUCUGUGAAUGGGCACUUUGUUGGCUGUCCAGUACUGACAGGUUAAUGUGCUGCAUAAUGAAGUCCUACAAAAAGCUUUCUCAGAGUAAACCCAAACUUAUUUAAACAACCUGUGUCACAUAAAAAAUAUGAAAACUGUCAUAGGAAGACAAAGGUAACAUAUUGUGUCUUGCUUUCAUACUCUAAACUCAACUCCCUUAGUAUCUUUCUUCCUGUGUCCCCAUUGUGUCUUGGUGCUUGACACAAGUGCUAGAUUUCAUCCUUAUGUGGAACUUUUCUGAUUUGCACUGAUUGCUAUCAUAGCUUUAAUUUUCUUUUGAUGUGUCUUCUCACUCUUAAGAUCACAGUUAGACAACAAUAGUUAGCAGUUGACAGCUUACAAGUAUUUGAAGACAUGCUGUCAAAAGCAAAAAUAUGCAUAUUGAAAAUGGGAAUUUUGAGGCUGAAAUCAUUUUUCUCUCUUGUUGCAACCAAAGCUUCAACUAUGUAUUUAGAAACCUUGAAGAUACCCGAUUCUACAUAUUUUACUAUACCAUUUUAUUGCUGUUACUUCACAGUUUACUGUUCCAUUGUUAUUUUGUAUAUUUGUUAAUGUUAAUUGUAAAAGCAUAUUAAGGACUCUCUCCUCUGCAUGUACAAUUAUAGCAGACGGGAGAAGUCCCUCUUUGAAAUCCUGGCUGUGAUAUGACAAUAAACAACGAUUAACAGAA